AUGUGGAGGAAACUUCCACAACUGAUCUGUUCAGAACAGAAUAUGAAGAAUAGCUCACUGUUUGAGAGGAGUCAAGAUAGAGUUUGUUACGAUGAAUAUGAUUGUGGAUUAUUAAGGAAAUGGAAAGAGAAACCACUCAUAUUUUGUGGAGAGGAAGAAACCAUUACAGAACCACCAAAAUCGAAAUUCCAACUGUUUAAGAAUAUUUGGCGUUCGAGUGGAAAAGGGGAUUAUAAAUCCAACUUGGUUUGUUACAAUUUCAAUAACAAACACUUGCCAGGUGGAACCAAACCACAUACAGUUUGUAAAUCUCAGAAUUUGAUUAUAGACUUUUCAAAACUUGUACAUGCUGAGUGUCUUCGAUAUAGACCUAAUUACUUUUGUAAAAAGCCAACAUAUUACAAUUAUAAUAGAGGGGCAUUAAUUGGCAAUUGUAAAUUUCACGAUUCAAGGUUUAAUUUAGAUUACUUUUCAAAGGAUUUCGGUAAGGACAUUUUCUCAAGUUUUCGAUCUGUAGAUGAUUUAUCACCAAACGAAAAACUGAGAAUCUCACAUAAUGAUGUGGAAAUAGUUACAGGAACUACACUUUUCAUUUUUAGGGAACAAGACGAACAUGUCAACUUGUUCCACGCCAUUUCUGACUUUUAUGCAGGUUACUUGAUCUUGGAGAUGUUCCAAACCAAGAACCAAAAACUCCAGGUUGUUCUGAUGGAUGAACAUUAUGAGGGUUUUGUGGAUUUUUUGUGGAAUCACACUCUCUCAGUUUCUAGGCCAGUGGUCAAAGCUUCUCAUUUCAAAGGAAGACCAGUUAGAUUUGAGAAUGCAUUGUUUGCAUCAAGUGGUUACGCCACACCAUUGUUUUCAAGUCUCAAAGAUUUUGCCAUUAAUCAGCAUACAUGUCAUUCUCAAGUUGAACUGAUUCGUUCUUUUGCAGAUAUGAUUCUAUCUGGAUUGAAUAUCAAGAAGAGAAGAGCACAACAAGGUGAUUUGAUCAAAAUAUUGUUUAUCAGUAGAAAACCAUACCAGAAGGAUGGAGUGGAUCAUCAAUACAUGGCCAGACAAAUCACAAAUGAAGAUGAUGUGGUCAAUGCCAUUAAAAAACAUUCUCGUUCUAAAGAAUUUGAAGUGAAAAAGGUUGAUUUUGUACACUACAGUUUGAAAGAGCAAAUAGAAUUGGUUCAUAAUUCAGAUUUUCUGAUAGGAUUUCAUGGAGCUGGUUUGACACAUACUUUCUUUUUACCUGAAGGAACAUCAGCUUUGUUGGAAAUAUGGAACUCUCCAAGGUUAGAGAGUUGGAGAUGUUUCGAACAAAUAACAAGAUGGAAAGGAAAUGCAUAUCACUUGUGGACUAAUCAGGAUUUUCGAGCACUAGAGGUUAAUAAUUCUGGUGAUUAUUUGAGAAUUGAAAUUCCUUCAUUCAUGUGGUCAUUCAACGUUUUACUUGAUGAACUUGUUGAAAUGAGACAAAAACAUUUAAGAUAA